AUGGCAAAGUUCUUAGUAGCUUGUGUGUUUCUUGCCGUGGCUCUGUUCGGCUUGAUUCAUGCCUCAGAUCUAAUUCUUGGCACCAUCAACACCGGUGAUCGCAUCCUCUAUUCACAAGUGACCGUAGCACCCGGUAUUCCUGGUGGACUUGUAAGCCGCGCUGUGAAUUACACCGGCGUCUACAACAUCACCGCCGUCCGUGCUUACGAUCGUACAUUCAAUCGUACCGGUCAGGCUCACGUUACUGGCGGAGGACUUUAUCAGCGAUACGUCAACUUGGCCCUCCAGACUCGUUAUGUCGGCAACGCGCUCGACUACUUGGUGGAGAUUUACGGACGAUAA